GCGAUCGAGACAGAUCCCGUGUCUUUUCCCUCUUUUUUUUUUUUCCCCUCUUUCCCUGGAAAAAAUACCCCUCCCUGCCCGGGAGAGCUGCCUGGCCCCUCUGUGCCCGGGCAGGACCCAGGGCACAUGCAUGAAGUGAUUUAGAAAUAGGAAUUUAUUCCAGUAACUCUCCCCUUGGGGGUUCUACCAUGAGGGCCGGUUGCUUUGCUGGGAAAAAAAAAAAAUGGAAUUAGAGCUUGUUUCUGUUAAUCUGUGCUGCCUGGAAGGACUUUGCUCGGGAUAGAUACAAACAGGAGGGCUGGAAUAAGGUUCUUGGAAUGGGGCCUGGAGUCAGGUGGUCGGUGUGAAACGGGGUGAGCAGAUCAUUCCCUUUACUUCCAGGAAAAUGAAGUAGCUGUGAUGCUGGUAGUGUCUGGGAUGUCUUUAUUAGCUCCUUAAUUUCAUUGAAAUCCCACGUGGGGAAGGGCUGGAAGGGGAAUCUGGUUCCUGACAGCUGAGAUCUGAUGGAGUUGUCUGGGGGGGAGGCAGGAGCUCAGCAGGGAACAGUCAGUCUGCCUUUUGUCUCUGUGGUAAUUAAUUGUAAUUAACUGGGUCAGCUGGGGCUGUUAAACUCUGCCUGUGUCCUGUCCAAGAGGUGCUGCCAUCCUGGGGGGUCUGGUUUGUCCCCUGGGCUUGUGCUCUCUGCCCCUCUGGCCCUGGCACAGCCCUCAAGGCAGCUCAGCCUUUGCAGAAUUCCUCUUUUCCUCAGUGUUCCCUCCACUGCAGGGAGAACUGGCAGGUUGAAGGAGCCCUUUGGAGCCAGGAGACAGCAGGACAUGAGAUUUGCAGACAGUGUUUCUCAGGCUGCUCGAAAACCAAUUUCUUUUCUCUCUCCCUCUCUCUUUUGAGGCUGUUGUGCUACUGACAUUUCCCAGUUUAUUAUGGAUCAGAAACCUUGGCUCUAGCCAGGUGCUUCCAGAAGUGAGAAAGGCCGUGUGAGUGUAAGCAGGUGGAUGUUUGAAAUGUUUUUCAUGCAAAACUCGUAAUUUUUUUUCAGAGGAGCUGGACAAACAGGCUGGAUGUGCUGGAGCAGGUCUGGGCACAGGGAGGGCAGUGGGUCACCUUGUGCCCAGGGGGGAGUUGGCUAAAAGCUGGUGAAAGCCCCAAUAUUUGUGGGGGUUCCCCUUCCUUAGACGUUCCCAUUGCUGACACUACUUAGUUACUUGGUUUUUUCAGCAUUUCCUUUGCUCAGAAUGGGGAUUGUGGCUUUUCCUCAAAGAGCUUAAAACCAGUUUUAGUUCCUUCAAAUGUUUCUUGUGAGACAAACUGCAGGGCCAGGCAGGAAAUGCCCUGGCAGAUGAGCCCCCUGUGAGGCCCAUCCUUCCUUCCUACUCCUUCCACAGCAUCUCCUGUCCUUUUUCUCUCUCCAAAGACUGACUGGAAUUCCUCAAACCACGACAGCUUUGAGUUUUCUGCUUUUCCCUCCAGCUCUGUUGCUCCUCUUCACCCUGUCAGGCCCAGCAUGGGUUCUGUGCCUGCCCCUCCAUGUCACCCACCACGUGUCUUUAUGCACCUGGUAGUUUAAUGUCUUCUCCCUCCUGCCCUUGUUUUUUGAUUUUCAAGGGGAAUUUUGUCUGGAAUUCUCUCAUUUCACUGCUGCCCAGGUGAGCUGUGCAAGGUCUGGACAACAGAAAGCAUGCAGGUGAGGGAGCAGGAGGAGCAGGAAGAGAGUUUGCUGUUCAUGUUGCUCAUUCCAGCCAGGAGGGAGCUGUCAGCUCUGAUUAAACAACAAAAAAUGAUGUGGUGCCAGAGGCUGGCGUGGCUGCUCCGGGGGAGCUCCGGGCGUCGGUGGCCGAGGAGCGUCGUGGCGUUGGCGCGCGGGCACCACACGGCCCCGCGGCCCCUGCGCUGUGCCUGGCAGCUGCACGGCGACCACCUGGAGCUGAGGUAUGGGAACACCCUGAUGCGCUUGGAUUUCGUGUGGCUGCGGGAUCACUGCCGCUCCGCCUCCUGCUACAACGCCAAGACCAACCAGCGCAGCCUGGACACGGCCAGCGUGGACCUGGCCAUCAGACCCCAGGCCGUGCGGGUGGACGAGAGCACGCUCUUCCUCACCUGGCCGGACGGACACGUGACACGGUAUGGGCUGGAGUGGCUGGUGAAGAACAGCUACGAGGGGCAGAAGAAGCAGGUGAUGCACCCCCGGAUCCUCUGGAAUGCAGAGAUCUACCGGCAAGCCCAGGUCCCCUCCGUUGACUGCCGGAGCUUCCUGGAGACAGACGAGGGCCUGAAGGAAUUCCUGCAGAACUUCUUGCUGUACGGGAUUGCUUUUGUGGAGAACGUCGCUCCCACCAAAGAGGACACGGAAAUCUUGGCAGAAAGGAUCAGCAUCAUCAGGGAGACCAUUUAUGGCAGGAUGUGGUACUUCACCUCUGACUUCUCCCGGGGAGACACAGCCUACACCAAACUGGCCCUGGACCGGCACACGGACACCACCUACUUCCAGGAGCCCUGUGGCAUCCAGGUGUUCCACUGCCUGAAGCACGAGGGCACGGGCGGGCGGACGCUGCUGGUGGACGGUUUCCACGCGGCGGAGCAGGUGCUGCGCCGGGCCCCGGAGCACUUCGAGCUGCUCAGCAGAGUGCCCCUGAAACACGAGUACGUGGAGAACGUGGGGGGCUGCCACAACCACAUGAUCGGGGUGGGGCCCGUGCUCAACGUGUACCCCUGGAACAACGAGCUCUACCUGAUCAGGUACAACAACUACGACCGUGCCGUCAUCAACACGGUGCCGCACGACGUGGUGCGCCGCUGGUACCACGCCCACCGCGCGCUCACCACCGAGCUCAGGCGGCCAGAGAACGAGCUGUGGGUCAAGCUGAAGCCAGGCAAGGCCCUGUUUGUGGAUAACUGGCGUGUCCUGCACGGCCGGGAGGCGUUCACGGGGUACCGGCAGCUCUGCGGCUGUUACCUGACCAGGGACGACGUGCUCAACACAGCCCGGCUGCUGGGGCUGCAGGCUUAGCCCAGCCCCCGGGAGGGGCAGGCAGCCCCCAGUCCCACCUCUGGGGGGGGGAGCAGGCAGCCCCUAAAUCCCUCCUCCAGGAGGGGCAGCAUCCCCCCAAUCCCACUUGUGCAAAGGGCUCCCCAGUCCCACCUCCAGGAGGAACAGGCAGCCCCCCAAUCCCACUUGUGAGAAGGGCUCCCCAGUGCCACCUCCAGGAGGGGCAGACAGCCCCCUAAUCCCUCCUCUUGGAGGGGCAGGCAGCCCCCCAAUCCUACCCAUGGGAAGGGCAGGCAGCCCCCAAUCCCACCCCCGUGGUGGGACAGGAAUGCUGGUGCCCCUCCCCGUGCUCCAGGCCCGUCGUGCUGGUGCCUCCCCAUGACACAGACAUUGCACAUACCUCAGACAUCUCCACCCUCUCCAGGCAGCUCCCAGUGCCUGCUCAGGAGAGGGAGCAGGUGGAAGCCAAAGGUUUUGUGAUCUUUAUGGGACUGCCUUUGAGCACAGUCAGCUCUUGCUGUCCGUGCUCCCAGCCUGGCCUUUCCAGUGUGCCUCAGCUCUGGUUAAACCCCACCUUAGGAAAUGCUCCUCCAAGCAAGUGCCUUCAGGAUUUAGAAGCUUUGCAUUAUUCCCUGUUCAGCCUUUUUUUUUCAGCUGCCAAUUUUAGGAAUUUUUUUAGCAGAGCAGAGUGGAAAUCUUCGGGAUCUUCUCCUUGUCACUCAUCCAAGGUGUGCUGCCUGGAGAGAUCCUGGGCAUUUCUGAGGAGAUUUAGGUUAGAGCAGGAAAAGGGAAGCAGCAAGAUCUGCAUGUUGGGAAGCAGAGCUGACCAUGUUAGAUGAGGGGUGGAAUUCCCACUUUUCCUUGACUUCCAAUGCUGCCCUGCUGGUGUCCCCUCUGCCUGUGACACUCAGCAGCCACAGUAUUUGCUGACAAACUUCCCACUGUGCCUUCUCUCCCAUCCUUUCUUAAGGAAUUUGUGUGAGGUUGUCAUCACGCUGCCUGCUGCACAAACCUGACCUUUUGGGAAUGUUUUUUUUUCCCCAAAAUUUUCCUGUUCUGACGGUAUCAGAGGUGCCUUUCAGCUCCCAGGAGAUGGGAGGGUAAGUUGGCAUCUGGCACACUGAAAGGCCACGGGGUAAGGAACAAAAGCACAUCCUUUUGUUACAAGAACGUUGGAAUUUCAGAACCAAGAGGGCAUUUUAGGAUUUGAUUAUUUUUCAUCCUUUUUGGGGUGUUCCCUCUGCCCUGACCAGACCUCAGAGCAGGGCUGAGCCCUUCCUGGCUGUGCCGUGUGAGCUGCUCUGUGCCCACGGUGCAGGCACUGAACUUGCUGCCUUCAUUUGAUCCAAACACUGAAUGGACAGAUCCCACUGUUUGUUCUUUAUAGGUUCUCCUUAGGUGCCAGUUCCACCUGCACAACUGAGAGGGGAAGUUUCACAACUCUCCAUUAAUCCUGUUGAAGCAGAAAACCCCAGCAGGAGCAUGUGGUGUCCCUCACCCAUCCCAGCUUUGUGUUCCAGAGUUGCUUCCACCCUGUGCUGCUGCUGAGGGAAGAGUUGGUGCCCAAAACAGUCAGUUACUUGUAAAAAGGAGGGGGCAAAGGGUUCUUGGUCUGUAUUUGGAACCCUCUUUAAAUUCUUUAAGGGUUCCUGAGCUUUUUUCCUCCCUGUGCCCCUGGGAUUUGAGGGAAACACUUGGGUACCAUGGGACCUUCCCUUGGAGAGAUCAGCUUCUCUUUCCCCUGCUCAGAACUCCAUGUUUAUCAGCUGCAGGCUGGAAGUCUGUUUUUACUCCAUGGCACAAGGGAGACCCCACCAAGGGUGCUGACCACACUGUCAUGACAGAGGUGCCUUUGUGACAAGGAAUGUGGUGACUUGGGCUGGGCUCUGCAGACACCAACUCCUCAUGAACCAGCCCCAAGCCAACCCCCUCCUCACCAGGACUCUGGAACCUAUUUGGGGGGAAAAUUGUCCCCAGUGAAUGCAGAAGAAACACAUUUCCUCGUAUUUCAAAUCCUUUACCCACCCCCACGAUAAACAGGGAGUGGGGAGAGCUGUGUUUCCAUCUUGUUUCACCAUUCCUCGCUUCCCAAGAGGGCUGAAUUCUUCCUGGGCAUCCAAAAGUCCUGUGAAGGAGCAGGACCUGGUGGCAGGUGCCACCUGUCCCAUCCAGGUGUUUGCUGGGCCGUGUCCUGGAGCGGGGCCGCCGUGACAGCGGGUCAGGGUUUGUGAUCCAGCUUUUCCAGUUCCUUCAGCCAAUCACUGAACUGCUUUCUCCUCCUUCCCAGCACUCUGGGGAUCCAAUGGAUGUGUUUAAGAUUUUUCCCAAACUGAGAAAUCGACUCUUCAAAUAAAUCAUUUAUAAAGUCA